CACUGCUGCGGUGUAGAUUAACUCAUGAAUCAUGCAUCGAAAAAGUGAGGAGGUCGAUAGCAAAUGCAAAACACGGUAUCAAAAGCAGCAGCGCCGCACCGUUAAAACCACAGCACUCGCCGGCUUUACGCCAGCAGCUGCAGUUUUGUUUAGUUUCUUGUGCGGUUGUAAAUCCAGCCAAUGAAAAUGAGAAGCGGUAAGUUUAGGCGCUGAGUGAAUUUAUAUGCAACCAAAGAGGACCUGGACACUUUGCUGAAGACUAAGCCGGUCACAGCGGCUCAAAACCUUUUUAGCUGCCUGCCUAGACAGUGUUUUUGGACAACAUAGACGCGUUUAAGUGGUUUGAGACCGAGCCACCAUGAAUCUGACAGCUGCUGCACAGUGAAAUGCUAUAAAAGUUUCUGUUAUCACUCGCCCCUGCCUUCAGCUAGAGCACAUGGAAAAAGUUUCAACCCUUAAGUUUCCACUAAUACUGAACUUACACUGUUUCAUUUCUCCAUUUUACUCUUAUUUACAUCAAAACAUCAACAGUAGCUAGUUUUGUCACCGAGUUUGCAGGUGAUGCAUUUUUUUUUUAAGUGCAUGAAUAUAUAUGAGUCAUUAUCAACAGUUUAGGGAGGGUGUCUCUGUUUUUCCCUUUCUAAACAGUGCUUACACAUUUUGAAGCACAUAUCAUCUUUUAGUUUGGAAAAGAUCCAAAAUCCAGAAUAUAAACAUGCUUGGUGUGUAGUUCAUCAAACAUCUCCCUAAAGUCAUAAAAAUGCAAUAUAUUUUAAGUAUUCUUGCUUAUGUCAUUAACAUAAUUUACAUAGCUUUCAACUAGCUAUUAAAAUAUUUAAUUUAGCAUUAUCGCAUGCCAGUCACAUUACAAGAUCAGACCAAAGUGUUGCUGUAGAGUAAAACUGUGAUAUUUUUACUUAAAAUGCUCUUGUUAUCAAACAGAGUUGUUAAAAUCUCAGUAAGCGUUUCCACUUCAUGUGCAAAUAAAUGUAAAUGAUACUAGUAUUUAUAAUGAUGAUUAUUAUAUUAUAAUCACUUUUUUUUUGUUGUUGUUGAAGCCCUCAGUAUUUUGUUAAAAAUUUGUCAUGUCAGAUGUAUAAUCAGCAGUGCAGAUUGUUUCCAGUUUGCGACCACCGUACAUGGCCUAUGUGUGUGUGUUUGUGUAAUUGCCUGAUGAAAAAACGUGUGUGAGAAGUAGCAACCCUAUCAGCCCCUGUCAGUGUGCUCGAGUGUGUCGUGAAGGAAAGAGAUUUGGGUAUAGUGAAAGCAGAAUGCCUGUGUGUGGGUGGACCCCAGUGUGUUUUUGUUUAAGUUUUGCAUGGUUUUUUAUUUUUUAAGUAUUGCAUGAUCAGUAAAUUGCAUAUAUUGCCUAGGCAAACGAGAACUGAGCAUUUUGUGUCAUAUUUUAAAAGAAUGACCACCAUGUUUUGUAUAUUAUGUAAAAUACUGUACCAUUGUGUUUUAAGCAGUAACCUAGUGUAAUUAAGAAGGCUUUGCUACAGGAAUCAGUGAAUGUACAAAGAUAUUUUACCUCAGACAUGACCGCCUGAUGGUCUGUGUGGACAUUCGCAGAGGGAAAAGGGAAAACCUUUAAUUUGAGACAGAAGUUUGGAGGAUGUAUUUGGACUAAAUGCUGGAAAUAAAAAAACCUCUGUGUGCAAGUGAUUUUCAGUCUGUUGCACUGUAUAAUUUGGACCGUAUGUCAGAUUUGUACACACAUAUGCAGGUGUUAUAAGAUAAUUAUGAAUUGGUAGUGUAUGUAUGUUUUUUUUUUUUUGUACCCCAGCUACCAUAUGUAGUUCAAUUUUAUCCUUAUGAAGUGUAGAGUAUUGAGAAUUUCAAACUGAUGUUGUUUAAUAUAGGAGCAGAGAGUAUAAUUUUUUUAGUAACUUAAAUUUGUAUCCUGCCCCAUUGUUUUACAUAAUUAACAGCAACUGACUAGAGAAAAUAUAAUAGCUAAAUUUGAUAGAGAAUGUUAGGAAAGUUUCAUAUCCUAAUUAAAAAGAUUUAUUUAUAAAGGUAAAUAGAAAUAAAUUAGUUUUUAGUUGUUGAACAGGUUUUAUCCUAAGUAAUGUCGGUGUCCACUCAUGUAUGUCAAGAAGUCAUCAGGAUUUUAAUGCAGCUAAAGGGCAGGGCUGUUGUUACUAUACACACUUAUUAGUGUUUUUUGUGCCUCUGGCUGUUGUUAGAAAAAGAUAACUGAUCCGUUUGCUUCUUGUGUUUGUUAAUAAAGCUGAGACAGUUUAAAUUAGAUCAGGAUUUUCUGUCAAAAUAUCAUCAGAUCUUAUUUAAUUUUGAUGACUCAGUCUUUUAGUUUUGGCUGGUUUGGUUUGUUUUUAUGAACUAAUUUUAAUUACCAAAAACGUAACUUUCUGAAACUAAAUGAGAACUUUCUCAGAACUCCAGGCAUGAUUUUACAGCCACUGAAAUGCUGAUCAAUGUAGGCAUUCGCACCUUUACAGAUUGAGAUGAGGUAAGCUGUAAUUCAGAUGUUUAUGCAGAUUUGUUUUAAAAAUAUAAAUAUUAAAGGUUUAUGACCUAACAUGCCCAUUUUGUAGAGUAAUUACGGUAAUUCUCCCAAAAUGCAGUUAGAGACAGAGGGGAAAAAGAAACUACAAACGGAUGUAAAAAUGAAUAAAACAACAAAGAUGAGAAUACGGUUCUGAGUAUACUUGAUUUUAAACGGGAGUGCUGACAAACAGGAGGUGCGUUUUAGUGCACAUACACGGUCUCACUCUCACCCACUCAUCACAGCGCUAGUCUGUAAGAAACCUAAUUUGUUGUUGCUUAUAUUGCUGUUAUUGAAAUAAUUACACCAUCAACACAUUUUUCAGGCUUAACCAUUCAACCCUGCUACUCAAGAAAACUGAUCAUACUAAAUAUUCAGUAACUAUAAUCUAACCUUUAGUCCCAAACUAGCUUAAUUUAGACUGUACUGUAUGUGCAAACCUGUUACCCUUUUUCUUCUUCCCCAUUUAUUUUCUAAUUGAACAAAUUGUGUAUUUAAUUGUCUGUUUAAUUUUUAUAUUUAUGUAAGUCUUAUUGCUAAAACGUAAUCUCACAAAUCAGACAUUUUAGACAAACACGGUUCCCAAAUUCAGAAAUUGCAGAGUUGUGAACAAAGAGUUUGAGGUCCUAUUUUAUACUCUGUCUAUGGAAAGUGGCAAAAGCUUUUAAUCGGUAGGCCUAUAGACUACUUUUUUUUUUUUUUUCAUAAUUGUUCCUGAUGUUUGAGCUGCUGAUUUGAUUCAAGGUGAGUUUUUGAUCAAGUAUUUGUAAGUUGCUGUGUAUUGAGGGCGUACAAAAAUGGAUGAUAGUUCAUGUUCUUGUUAGGCGUCAAUGUUGUACAUAACCACACUGAAUAAAGCUGUAGUUCUGUUAGUUCUCAAUGGUUUUAGUCCAAAGUGAAAUCACACAGGAGGACUGUCAGCUUGUUUGGUUAAUCUGCGAAUAUUUGCAUAGUGGCCAUCGUCACCUUGAAUGACCCACCUCAGAUGAACUUGAGCACAUGUGAGUCAACUUUCAAAUUAACUUUUUUUUUUUUCUGUAAAGAAACAUAACAAAAGUAGAAACCAUACAAGUUGUAUUUAAUAUUUAUUUAAUUUAAAUAAUUGUGUUUUUUAAAAUGAUUUGUUUAUUAAUAAUUAAGUCCUUUAUGGUGUUUUUUUAUUUUAUUUUUUAUCACUUUUCCCCGGUUAAAAAAGAAAAAGUAAGAAUAGAUUAAGUUUCACUGUAACAAAAAAAGAAAAAAUAAAUAAAUAAAAAGAUGUUGACUAAAUGCCAACUUUUUCCUGUCACAGCAAAUAGGCCUACAUGUCAUAUUACUGAAUCCAAACCACAUCUAUUGAUGUGAGUAUUGAUUAUUGGUGAAUUUAUGGUUGGAGAUUAUCAUAAAGUAUCAGAACAUAAACACCCAUUUUUAUGAAAAUGGGACUGUUGCUAAUUGUGUUAUGCUUUCUGAAAUUAUUAAUCUCAAAUAUAAGAUCACAAUACACAAAACUAGUAUUUCAUACCCCUUGUUUGUAAAACAGAGGUUGAGUGUGCAGUAAAAGUGGCCUCUUCCAUUGUAGAGGUGGCAGUAGUAGGGGCAGAAGGUGCUCUCUCAGGGCUGGGUAAAGUCAGAGCUGUCUGGCGUCGUGCCCAGGCACAGCAUGUGGUCUUCAGAUGGCAGUGGAAUUCAAGGGGAGGGGCACAAGACCCUCCUGCCUAGACAGAAACAGGAAAGAGGCUUCAGUCUUUCUUUCUCUUUCUCUCCACUUUCUCUGUCUCUUCAUCUUUUCCAUCAGCAGUUGGCUUAAAAUGCCAUCUGGAAGUGUGGUGGUGUUGUUUUCAUGGUAAACCUUUGCGUCCAUCUUCUUACAGUCUUCAGGCUCUGAUAAACCAGGUCAACAGUGCACAAGCACCAGUCUGGAGGUAGUUUAUGAGUGGGUAGCUAAAUGUCUGUGAAAAAAAGCAGGGCGUGCAGUGUUUAGUGUCUGUGCUAGCAUGCAUCUGCUCAUCUGGCUGGCUGGCUGUCUCGGUCGUGGGAAAGACUGAAAUUACAUCGCUCUCAGGGUGGGUUAUUUUAAGCCACUGCAAAAGUGGCAGAGGGCAGACUGCAGGUUCGCUAGUCCCGUCAGAGGAGAACUCCCCCCUAGGCCAGCAAGUGCCACCGGACAAAUCGCCGCACCUUUGAGCCCCGCACCGCCUCACGCUGUGUGUGCCGAUCAACAGAGAAGUGUUCAAAUGCUGUGCGCUACGUCCCCAGAUCUAGAAACGGAUGAAAACACAUCAUUUUACAUUCUUAAUGUGGGGCAACCUCCUUCAGUGGUGAACCAAUCACACAGUCUCCAGCGGCAUGGAGGCCCACACCCAGCCCAACUCAUUGCCACCUCCCCUUCCCUGCAGGCCCACCACAAGGCCUAUGAGCCCAGCUACGAGCCCCAGGACUCUAAAUACACGCCUACAGGGGUGGGCGGAGGAGGGAAUGGCCCACCUAAGGCCUUUGAAUGUCCCAGCAUCCAGAUCACCUCCAUCUCCCCGAGCUGCCAGCAGGAGAUGGAGGCCAGCGAGGAUGAGAUGAGAGCGAAGGGUCCGGAUGGAGACUACCACGACAGACCUCUGUCUCGAGACCACCUGUACCUGCCCCUAGAUCACUCGUAUCGAGAUUCAUCCCUGAGCCCGAGUCCAUGUAGCAGCCUUUCCUCUCGUAGCUGGUUCUCCGACGCAUCGUCCUGCGAAUCCAUCUCGCAUGUGUACGAUGACGUGGAUUCCGAGCUAAAUGAAGCAGCGGCGCGUUUCACCCUGGGCUCGCCGCUCACCUCGCCCGGCUGCUCUCCGCAGGCUGGACCACAGGACGAAGUGUGGCAACAGCAGCAGCAUCACCAUCAUCACCCAGCCUUCACUCACUCCCUUUCUCAUUCGCAUGGCCAUUCUCUCUCGCCCCGCCAGUCGCCUUGCCACUCGCCCCGUACCAGCGUCACAGAUGAGAACUGGCUGAGCCCUCGCUCACCCUCACGGCCCUCUUCACGUCCGACGUCGCCCUGCGGGAAGAGACGCCACUCCAGCGCUGAUAUAUGCUACCUGAGCUCUUUAUCGCCCCAUCACUCCCCAACUGCUACACCCGGCCCCUCGCCCAGGGGGAGUGUGACCGAAGACACCUGGAUCGGAAGCCCGUCUAUGGGUGUAUCCCCUUUCCAGUGUUGUCCCUCUGAGGCUGACAUCCCCUCCAAGACGAGGAAGACCUCCCAAGACUGUACAGCAGCAAUCCAGUCAGGAAAGGGCGACCUGGGCAUGGAUGACUCCGGGAAUGUGUCUCCUUUGCUUGAUUCACCUGCUGACGACGGCAUGCAUGGAUUAAAGAAGGAUGGAUCUGGAGAGCAGUUUCUUUCUGUCCCAUCUCACUUCACAUGGAACAAACCCAAACCAGGACACACGCCUAUUUUCAGGGCGUCAUCCCUGCCUCCCCUGGACUGGCCGUUGCCGAAUCAGUACGGGCAGUACGAGCUAAAGAUCGAGGUUCACCCCAAAGCUCAUCACAGAGCUCAUUACGAGACCGAAGGCAGCCGAGGGGCCAUCAAAGCCACAUCUGGGGGACACCCUAUCGUCAAGCUUGUUGGCUACAAUGAGAAGCCAGUGAACCUGCAGAUGUUCAUCGGGACAGCGGAUGACCGUUAUUUGAGGCCGCACGCGUUCUACCAGGUUCACCGCAUAACAGGAAAAACUGUCGCUACGGCAAGCCAGGAAAUUAUCAUCGCCAGCACGAAGGUUCUCGAGAUUCCUCUCCUUCCUGAAAACAAUAUGUCUGCCAGUAUUGAUUGUGCUGGAAUCCUGAAGUUGAGGAACUCUGACAUUGAGCUGAGGAAAGGAGAGACUGAUAUUGGACGGAAAAACACUCGGGUCCGUGUGGUGUUCCGGGUUCACAUCCCACAAAACAAUGGAAAAGUGGUCUCACUGCAGGCUGCUUCAAUUCCAGUGGAGUGCUCCCAGCGCUCGGCACAGGAGUUACCUCAGGUCGAGAAGGCCAGUGCUAGCAGCUGCCCAGUGAGUGGAGGAGAGGAAAUGGUCAUCACUGGCUCCAACUUCUUCCCUGAGUCAAAGGUCAUUUUUCUGGAGAAAGGUCCUGAUGGACGACCGCAGUGGGAGGUGGAGGCGAAGAUCAUCAGAGAGAAGAGUCAAGGAUCUAGCAUCGUGGUGGAGGUGCCUCCUUAUCACAGUAAGACGGUCACUUCAGCAGUGCAGGUGCAGUUCUACGUGUGCAAUGGCAAACGGAAAAGGAGCCAGUCGCAGCGCUUUACCUAUCUGCCAAUACGGGUCAAGCAGGAACAUAGGGAUGAUUUGGACUCCCCUGCCGUGCCGCCCAUGUCCAUGCCUCUGGUCCAUGCUGCCAGUUUGGUCUGUGCUCAGCCGCUGUCCUCCCCAGAGCACUCCCACCCACCAGACGGCCUUCUGUCCAGCUCCCCACAUGGCCUGGCUGCAGGCCUGCACCCUCUCCAGGCCCCCUGUGCCCCAAUGGGCUCCCCAACUCUUCCCCACCUGCCCCACCUUCAGGCUCAAGGGCUGAAUGCACCUCCUGAAUGCCAGAUGCCCUUCCACCCAGGCCCUGCUGCCACUGCCAGGCCGUCUUACCCUCCCAUACAGCACAACAUGCCCUUCAACGGCCAGCACAGUCUUCCUAUGACUGCGGGCUCCCCACAGGCAUACGAGCGAAUGUCCUUCCAGGCCGACCCGGCUGGGUGUCACUCCCUGGGUUUGGGGAUGGUGUAUGGACCGUCUUCUUCGACACCCACCUCUGGAGUGCCUCCGGGGCCUGGCUCCAGCCCUAGCCACGCAGCCUGUACGGGUAGCAACCAAGUCAUGGCCCACUCUGCCCCUCACCUUCACUCUUUAGGCUACCACUGCCCCACUCCAGGCCAGGUCCCAUCACCCACCCACACGCUGGGACAGCCGGCCCCACAACUCCAGCGUCCUCUGGUUUACCAUCCGGCCGGGCAGAGGUCCGCCUCCUGCCCCACACCCUCCAGUGCUCCUGUUCAUAUGGUGCCAUCUCCCCACUCUGGGCCCUCGUCCCCCCAACUCCAUUCUCUCCCUUACCACUCACCCACCUCCCCAUCUCCUACAUCCAACAGCCCCCUGGGGCCCAUGGCACUCUCUGGACAGCCUUCUCCCCAAGCUAGCAGCCCUGUCCUGGCUGGGUUGUCCCCUUCAGGUCCCUUGGUGCACCCGUUGACCCAACAGGGAGAGAGGCUGAACAUCAAACAGGAGCCAGAGGAUAGAGAGCCCACCUUCCGUACCAUUGGCCUACAGGAUAUUACACUUGAUGAUGUGAAUGAGAUCAUAGGCAGAGACAUGUCUCAGGCCCCAGAGGCUCAUGGGGGCUCGCCAGCUGCACACAGUCAGUCCUAGCCCACACCAAGCCACGUCAGACUCUCAGACAAUCUCCACAGGACUCCAGAGCCGGGCAAAGAGAUUCCACCCAAAGCCAGCGUCUGUCUGCCCCAAGAGUCCAAAUGCAACCCUUCCCAGCGUGGAUCCAGAAGCAAUUUGAGCGACCAUUAUUCCUUCUUCUAGAUUCACAAACACGGCUUUGGCUGUAAACAAUAACAGCUGGGAGAGUUGGGGGUGCAUACUGAACGCAUACACACAAAACCAGGUGUACUGUACAUAUACACGAACACAGACGUGGUUGAGUGGGAGUUAACUUGGAUUUGUGGUGUUCUCCUGGAAAUAAAACCAAUAAUUCAGGGCUCUCUGACAGCAUGAUGUAUUAUUAUUUGUAGCUCGCAGAUUCACCCCUCAGAUUGGCUAGCUAUGCAGUCGAGCACCCUCAUCCCUGACCGGAAUAUGCAGUACACAGCAGCGAUUCUACAGUCACUUUAGUGGGAUAGCCGAGGGGUGCUCCAAGCGUGAUAGAUGCCCACAUCACGCCUUCUUACCAGCGAAAACGCCGCCUUUUUCAGUACACAUUCUCCCAGUGCUGUCCCCUAGUGGACGGGCCCUCGGGCGCUGCACUGAGUCUGUAGUAACAAUAUGCAACAUUCCACAUGUCUAGUGACCUUUCUGAGCUGUAGAUAAUCUGUUUAAUGAUUGGCCCAUUUCCUCUUCAGGUUGAACAAAUGCCUUAUGUAGUAGCUGUGAUUGUGAACAGGCUUUCUGCUGAGAAUUUAUAUUAGUUUUUUUCUUCUUUCCAAUUUUUUUUUUCAUUUUUAUUUUUUUUGAGGAAGAGGAGGACACGGUUGAAUCCAGUGUGUGUAUUUUAUACUUAGAGAGUAGCCGAGCUUCAUCUUUUGUUCUGGAGUGCUGUGAACUGUGUUGGUUCAAUCUUACUUUGACAGUGCUGUGCUUUAAAAGUCAAGUGAAUUGUUAGCAGACUCUAAAGAUAACAUACGUGUUUUGUAUAGUUGCAUGGGAAGAUGAACUCAUGACCGUAGACCAAAAGGUCUGGAGAUAAUAAAGCUCAUAUAUAUAUAUAUAUAUAUGUAUAUGUAUGGGCUUCAUGUGCAUUGAACUCAAACAUAAUAUGUUGACUAUGCUGAAACUCUCUUUGUGCCUUUGAUUAGAGAAACAAUUAUGCAUAAACAAUUGCAUUAGACAAUUUUUAAAAAAAAACAUGACAGCAGGGUUGAUGUCAGGGAAACCAUAUUAAAUUGGUUGUUUUGUUUUUGUUUUUUUCCCCAAAAAAGGUUGCAACCUGACAAUCAACAUGUAGGCUAUAUGUUAUGAUAGAGUGACUUGAAAGCCACUCUCGGUUUGUAUCCGCACUGCAUUCUUGGGUAAAAAGGUUCAAAUCUAAACCAGCUUCCAAACCCCUCAGCCCAUUUUAGACAAUUGUAGUGCUCAUUUUUGCUCAUAAUUCGCUCUGUGUUGACAAAAACAGUGCAGUGGGCAGGUUUGCUCUGUCUGCUCUGUACACUGAUAGAGCAGAUGUCGUAUAACGCAAACAAAUCGAUGAGUUUCUAUUGGCUCCUUGCCUUAAAUUUGAAUUAUUUUUCCUCCAUGAAAACUGGCACAAUUCAAUUGAGACAUUGUUUUUUCUGUUGUUUUUCAGUCUUUGAGACAUACAGCUGUAACCAUGACUGUUAAUUAUGUUUGAAAAAGACAAAAAAUCUGCUAUGCACUAUAAACCUGCCUUCUGCCUUUAAGAAAAUAAAAAAAUACAACAAAACCCAAAAAAAAAAAAAAAAAAAAAAACAAGACAAAA